CAGUGUCUCCUGGUGGCGGGGCGAGCGGGAUGGAGCGGGCUUGGGAGCCUGCGCCCGGAGGCCAAGCCGGGGCCGAGCUCCCAAUGGAGCCCGUAGGAAGCUUGGUCCCCCGGCUGGAGCAGCCGCAGGUGCCCGCGAAGGCGCCACAACCUGAAGGUCCCGAAAGCAGCCGGAGUCCGGCUGGGGCCGUGGAGAAGGCGGCGGGCGCAGGCCUGGAGCCCUCGAGCAAGAAAAAGUUGCCUUCGCCUCGCCCAGGGUCCCCGCGCGUGCCGCCGCUCAGCCUGGGCUACGGGGUCUGCCCCGAGCCGCCGUCGCCGGUCCCCGCCUUGGUCAAGCUGCCCCGGAAUGGCGAGGCGCUCGGGGCUGAGCCUGCGCCCGGCGCCUGGGCGCCCAUGGAGCUGCAGGUAGAUGUGCGCGUGAAGCCCGUGGGCGCGGCCGGUGGCAGCCGCACGCCGUCGCCCAGGCCCUCCACGCGCUUCCUCACGGUGCCGGUACCCGAGUCCCCUGCCUUCUCCCGCCACGCGGACCCGGCACACCAGCUCCUGCUGCGCUCACCGUCCCUGGGCGGCACGUGGGGCCGCGGCUCGCCGCUGGCUGCAGCCCGGACGGAGAGCGGCUGCGACGCCGAGGGCCGGGCCAGCCCCGCCGAAGGAAGCGCCGGCUCCCCGGGCUCCCCCACGUGCUGCCGCUGCAAGGAGCUGGGGCUGGAGAAGGAGGAUGCGGCGCUACUGCCUUGCGCGGGGUUGGACGGCGACAAGAAGCUACCCCGGGCCGUAACGCUUACGGGGCUACCCAUGUACGUGAAGUCCCUGUACUGGGCCCUGGCAUUCAUGGCUGUGCUCCUGGCAGUCUCUGGGGUUGUCAUUGUGGUCCUGGCCUCAAGAGCAGGAGCCAGAUGCCAGCAAUGCCCCCCAGGCUGGGUGUUGUCCGAGGAGCACUGUUACUACUUCUCUGCAGAAGCGCAGGCCUGGGAAGCCAGCCAGGCUUUCUGCUCAGCCUACCACGCUACCCUCCCCCUGCUAAGCCACACCCAGGACUUCCUGGGCAGAUACCCAGUCUCCAGGCACUCCUGGGUGGGGGCCUGGCGAGGCCCCCAGGGCUGGCACUGGAUCAACGAGGCCCCCCUCCUGCCCCAGCUACUCCCUGAGGACAGCGAGGACAAUCUGGAUAUCAACUGCGGGGCCCUGGAGGAAGGCAUGCUGGUGGCUGCAAACUGCAGCACUCUAAGACCCUGGGUCUGUGCCAAGGGGACCCAGUGAUCUGGGCUCUGCCUGUCCUCAGCCUGCCAGGCAGAUGCAGCACCCCCUACGGGGGAGGCCAGUUGAGAGCUUGGGCAGCCUCUUCCUGGACCCAGGCAUCCAGGUCUCCCUGCUGUGCUCAAGGGGGCCACAUGAGCGAGCCUAGGAGCUGGACUUCAACCCAGGAAGAUUCAUCCGAGGGAAAGAUUUUCUAUGGCCUCAGGCCUGAGUGCCAAUAUUAGUCUCCAGCUUCUGUGGCUGAUUGGUUUGAUGACAUUGGGAUGGUUGUUUAGCAUUUCUGUGCCUUGGUUUCAUUAAAAUGACAAUUUCUCCCUAGAGGAAAAAGACAGGGUUAAUAACCA